UUUUUUUCGGCAUUUAUUUCUCAACAUUUUCAAUUGACAGCAAGAAAGUAUGCUUUAAUCCUUAUAAUUUUAAACCUCUGUUAUUAAAUACUAACCUUUAACUAUGAGUUAUCAGUUAUAUAGAAAUACGACUCUUGGGCAUACACUUCAAGAAUCAUUGGAUGAACUUAUACAAUGUGGACAGAUAACUCAUCAGCUUGCUCUCAAGGUGCUGCUGCAGUUUGAUAAAGUAAUUAACACAGCCUUGUCUCAAAAAGUUAAAUCAAGACUUACUUUCAAGGCUGCUCAUCUUGAAACAUACAGAUUUUGUGAUAACGUCUGGACGUUUGUGUUGAAGGACGUUGAAUUUCGAGAAGUUCAAGAAUUGAUUAGGGUUGACAAAGUGAAAAUUGUUGCGUGUGAUGGGAAAGAUGAGAAAAAGACUUAAAGGAAAGAAUAAAAGACCACACUUUUUUUUUAUUUUGAGUGUAUAUUCAUGUUGGAUUUUGUAAAAAUGAAAUGGCAUUUUAAAUAUUGUAUCAAAUAAAGUCAAUUAUGGUAGUCCAUUAAA